AUGUCCAGCAGUACCAAUGCGCGUCGACUUAAUGGCAGCGUGAGAGGCGCAAACGGUCAUAAUCAUAACCAGCGACGUCCGGUCGCCCAUUUCGAUAUACAAAACGGACUGCCAGACCGCUCCCGGGUGAAUGGCAACGGCAUGGAACCAGACUCUCUCGACCACUCUUCCGACAGCAGCUCCGUUUCGUCCACUUCCCACACUCAAAACGGCACGAAAUCACGACGACCCAACAUGUCUCGCAAGGCUUCCUCGCCGAUGGCCCCGGCCUUCAUGGUCUCUGCCCCUGGCAAAGUCAUUGUGUUUGGAGAACACGCCGUGGUGCACGGCAAGGCUGCCUUGGCCGCUGCCAUCUCCCUCCGUUCCUACCUCCUUGUCACGACCCUCUCCAAAUCCCAGCGCACCGUUACCUUGAAUUUCCGCGAUAUUGGGCUGAGCCAUACCUGGAAUAUUGAUACUCUCCCCUGGGAUGUGUUCCAGCAGCCGUCAAAGAAGAAGUUCUACUAUGAUCUCGUCACCGAGCUCGACCCCGAGCUGGUCGAGGCUAUUCAACCCCACGUCGGAGCCGUCUCCAAGCACCUCCCCGAAGACCAGCGCAAAAUCCAUAUCCGUUCCGCCUCGUCCUUCCUCUACCUCUUCCUCUCGUUGGGCUCUUCGCAAAGCCCAGGCGCCAUCUACACCCUUCGCUCCACCAUCCCCACGGGAGCCGGCCUGGGCAGCAGCGCCAGUGUGUGCGUCUGUAUCAGCGCCGCGCUCCUCCUUCAGAUUCGCACCCUCUCGGGUCCUCACCCGGAUCAGCCGAGCGAGGAGGCCGAGACCCAGAUUGAGCGCAUCAAUCGCUGGGCCUUUGUUGGCGAGAUGUGCAUUCAUGGAAAUCCUAGUGGAGUGGACAACACGGUGGCCGCGGGCGGCAAGGCCGUGAUCUUCAAGCGUUCAGACUACACCAAGCCGCCGACGGUGACCUCGCUCCCCAAUUUCCCGGAACUGCCCCUGCUUCUGGUCGAUACGCGACAGUCGCGGUCUACCCUGACCGAGGUCGCCAAGGUGGGUGAGCUGAAGAAGGCUCAUCCCGUGGUGACCGAGUCUAUUCUCGAUGCCAUUGACCAUGUGACGUGCUCGGCGCAGCGUCUGCUCGAAACCCCCGACUUUGUGGGUGACUCUGAAGAGACCCUCGAGCACUUUGGUACCUUGAUCCGCAUCAACCAUGGCUUCCUCGUUUCUCUCGGUGUGUCACACCCGCGCCUGGAACGUAUUCGUGAACUUGUCGACUAUGCCGACAUUGGCUGGACUAAGUUGACUGGUGCUGGUGGUGGUGGCUGCGCUAUUACCCUCCUCCGACCGGACGCCAAGGCUGAGGUUGUUCGUGACCUCGAGCAGAAACUUGAUACCGAAGGCUUUACCAAGUACGAGACUACUCUUGGCGGCGACGGUGUCGGUGUUCUAUGGCCUGCAGUGCUGCGCAAUGGCUCUGAUGAAGAGGGCGGCGUGGAAAUUGAUCAGCAAAAAUUCGAGAAUGCCGAUGGGCCCGAGGGUAUCGAGCAACUUGUGGGUGUUGGGUACCAUGAGAAGCGCGAGGGAUGGAAGUUCUGGAAGCGGGCUACAGCUACGCAUUGA